AUGAGUCAGGAUAUUUUUAAAGUUGAUGAAAACGGCCAUGGACAUCAAGAUUCUUUGAGGGGAAGCUCAAAGGAAAUAGAAGAAAGGUCAAACAGUCGCAGUUCUCAUGUAUCUAUAGAAAAUGGGGAUCAGAACCAUGAAGAUGUGAAUGUGGAAUUUGAGCCUGACCAAGAAGAAAUUGCUAAAAUAACCAGAAAAAGUGAAAUGGACCCAAAUUAUAUCCUUCAUAUGGUUCCGCUAUACUGCUGAUGAUAUGGAGUACUGUUUUUGCUUUUUAUUACUAUGUGUCUUAUUCUGGGAUGCAUGGGAACUUCAAGGUGGAUUUAUCAAGGAAAAGAUGACACAAAAUGGAGAGGAGGAAUGCUUAAAUGUGGAGGGUGCAGUGGUCCUUGGGAAGAUAAUUAUUAUUCGACUAUUGCAACUGAGUGCUGCGAUGAUAACGAUUAUACAGGAUUCUGUACAACUUUUAAGCAUUUAAGAGAUGCUGGAAUCGGAUUUGCAGUAUUUGAAGCUGUGACAUUGGCUCUCUUAACUUGUUGACUACUGAAGGUUUACAUACUUAUUAGGGGCUUUUAUUUUCUAAGUGAUAAAGUCUCAAUAAUUAUAGCAUCUUCCACACUUGCUUCCCACACAAUUGCUCUUGGGAUAUGAUACGGAGUAACAGAAGCUGGAUUUAGUAGCUGCGAUGAUAUUACUACAAUAGCAGAUGAUUAUGACAUUUGUGCAAGUCAUGGACCGAUUCUGAUUAUAGUGAAUGAGCUUCUUUUUGCUAUUAUUCUUGGAAUAUUUAUUCUUUUGCUCAAAAAAAGAUAUCAAGCUAAAGAAAUUAAAAGAGACAUCGAGCUUACAUAA